CGCACUGACACCCCGGAGGGGAGCUGGGGGAAGCAGCAGGAGCUGGGUGCCGGCACUGAAACGCAGGGAGACGCGGCACAGCGAGGCUGAUGGUCCCCACUGCUGCUCCAGCCAGCUGCCUGCCGUGACCCUGGGAGCUGGUGAUGGAGGGGUUCGGGGGAGCCCCCAGGUUCCUGGCCUACCCACGUGCCUUCACGGUCCAAAGUGGCACCGAUGCGGUCCUGAGCUGCCAGAUCAUGGGUGAUCCCCAGCCAAGCAUCCUCUGGGAAAAGGACAAGAAUGCCAUCGAGCCCUCAGACCGUUUCCAUAUGGACUCCAAAGGGGACCUGUACAGCCUGCUGGUGUCCUGUGCCACCCCCAAGGACAGUGGACUCUACGUCUGCAGGGCCAAGAAUAGCGUUGGCGAGACUUACGCUGCCACCAUGCUCAGGGUGGAGCCAGCGGAGCGGCGAGAGGAGGAGGGAUGCUCAGGCAGCGUCGCACCUGCCUUCCUCAUUGCCCCCUCGUCCCUGCGGGUGUGCCGGGGGGAGGACGUGAUGUUCACCUGCAGGGUGUCUGGGCAGCCCUGCCCUGUGCUGGAGUGGGAGAAGGACGGGCACAAGCUCUCCGAACUCUUUGAGAGCAGCCAUUUUGCAGUGGGGCAGAAACCAGAGGACUGGCACUUCCUGAAGCUGUUCAGUGCCCGGCCCCAGGAUGGAGGAGUGUACGUCUGCCGGGCACGCAGCGGCUCCCAGGAGGCCCUGGCUGCUGCCGUGCUCCUGGUUGAGCCCCAGGCGCCGCCAGACGGGCUCCCCAAUGGCUGCCCCCCGGCCGAUGGUGCCGAGGCGCUGGCGGAGCGGCAGCGGUGGCGGCGGCACGCAGCGGGACGGCGCCUGGCACCGGAGACCUGGGUGCCCAAUGGAGUAGUGCCAGCCAGGGUGCCAGGGGCCAAGGCAUUUGCCGUGAGCGCAGGCAAGCACGCCAAGUUUCGCUGUUACGUUACUGGCAAGCCCAAGCCAGAGAUCAUCUGGCAGAAAGAUGGUGAGCCCCUCGCCCCCGGCCGCAGGCAUCUCAUCUACGAGGACCGGGAGGGCUACUUCAUCCUCAAGGUGCUGUACUGCAAACCUCAGGACCAGGGGCUGUACAUGUGCACCGCUUCCAACACUGCUGGCCAGACCCUGAGCGCAGUGCAGCUCCAGGUGAAAGAGCACCGGCUGCGGUUCCAGGUGCAGCUGGCAGACGUGGAGGUGGCAGAGCGGGAGGACGCAGUGUUGGAGUGCCAGGUGCCCUUGGAGACCAUCCCCACCUCCUGGUACCUGGAGGACAGGGAGCUGCAGCCCAGCCACAAGUACGUGAUGGAGGAGCAGGGGGUGGUGCGGCGCCUGACCAUCCGCGAUGCCCGCAUCGACGACGACGGUAUCUACCUCUGCCAGAUGAAGGACAAAGGACGCAGCAUCGCCGAGGUCUCUGUCCGAGGGGUGAUUGCGAAGCGGCUGCCACGGAAGCUGGAUGUGAUGGAGGGGGAGAACGCAGUUUUCUGUGUGGAGACACGGGAUGUGGUGGAGGGCAGCUGCUGGAGCCGGGACGGGCUGCAGCUGCGGGAGUCGCCCCGUACCGUGCUCAAGAGCUUCGGCAGGACACACCUCCUGGUGCUGGUGCACGUCACCCGCCAGGACGCGGGCAUCAUCUCCUUCACUGUCGGGGAGUCGCAAACAUCCUCCCAGCUCCGAGUCAAGUGUGUGAAGCACGACCCUCCAAGCGCACCGGUGGCAGCUGAGAUGAGCGUGGUGGAGACCAACACGGCUCUGCUGACUUGGUGUCCCGCGCCCGAUUCCCACCUCCGCCCCGCCAGCCACUACCUGCUGGAGCGGCGGGAGGCGGCGGGAGGGGAGUGGGUGCAGUGCCUUGCCACCGACCUGCCCAGCAGCGUGCGGGUGCUGGGCGACAGUGUGCCCCGCGAGGCCGACUACUGCUUCCGCAUCUCUGCCGCCAACAAGCACGGCAGGAGCAGCCCCGUGGAGUUCCCGGGAUCUGUGCAUCUUGCCCCAGCAGCUCGUGUGGAGAGGGGUCUGCAGGACGCGUGGGUGAGGGAUGGCGAGGAUGCGCAGUUCUCCCUGGAGCUGUCGGCUGCGGUGCAUGGGUCCUGGUUCCUCAACGGUGCCAGGCUGGCUGAGGAGGAGGACACGGGCAGCCGGUGGAGUGUACAGCGCCAUGGGAUGGAGCACUCACUGCUGAUCCGAGGAGCACGGCUGGUUGACAGUGGGGCCCAGGUCACCUUUGUGUCCGGUGGUGUGCGGGACUCGGCUAUCCUGCAUGUGCAAGCCCCACAGGUCCGCAUCGCCCCAGUGUCUGAGGCUGAACGGCUCCGAAAAGUGCCAGCAGGGAUGCCUGUGCUGCUGGAAUGCCAGGUCUCCACCCCGGAUGCCCCUGUCUGCUGGCUGAAGGAUGGCAAGGCCGUGCCCCUGGAUGAUGUUAUGGCAGUGCAGGCAGAAGGCUGUGUGCGGAGGCUGCUGCUCCGCUCAGCGUGUCCCUCAGACACUGGUGUGUACACCUGUGACACUGGGGAUGAUGCCGUGAGCUUCGUGGUGACCGUGACCGAGGUGCCAGUCAGGAUCAUCAGCUCCAACGAGGAAGCCCCCCACACCUACAUGGCUGGACAGCGCGUGGAGCUGUGGUGCCAGCUGUCCCGCCCAGCAGCCCCAGUGCGCUGGUACAAGGAUGGAGAGGAGGUGGAGGUGAGCCAGAGCCUGGUGCUGGAGCAGGAGGGGCCACGGUGCAAGCUGGUGCUGCCCUGCGCUCAGACACAGGACACAGGGGAGUUCGUCUGUGAUGCUGGUGGGGACUCUGCUUUCUACACCAUCACUGUGGCAGAGGAGCCGGUGAGGAUUGUCAGCUCCAACGAGGGGGCCUCCCACGCCUACAUGGCCGGACAGCGUGUGGAGCUGUGGUGCCAGCUGUCCCGCCCGGCAGCUCCCGUGCACUGGUACAAGGACGGGGAGGAGGUGGAGGCAGGUGAGAGCCUGGUGCUGGAGCAGGAGGGGCUGCACUGCUGCCUGGUGCUGCCCUGCGCCCGGCCACAGGACACAGGGGAGUUCGUCUGUGACACUGGUGGGGACUCUGUCUUCUACACAGUCACCGUGGCAGCAGAGGUACCAGUGAGGAUUGUCAGUUCCAACAAGGAGGCCUCUCACUCCUACGUGGUCGGACAGCGCGUGGAGCUGUGGUGCCAGCUGUCCCACCCAGUGUCCCUGGUGUGCUGGUACAAGGAUGGCAAAGAAGUGGAGGUGGGCGAGAGCCUGGUGCUGGAGCAGGAAGGGCUGCAGUGCCGCCUGGUGCUGCCCUGUGCCCAGAUACAAGACACAGGGGAGUUCCUCUGCAAUGCCAGCGAUGCAUCUGUCUCCUACUCCAUCUUGGUGGCAGAGCCACCAGUGAGGAUCCUGCAGCCUCCACAGCGCUCACUGGAGCUGCUGGUUCAGGCGCCGGGGUGUGUGGAACUGCGGUGCGAGCUCUCCGUGCCGGAUGCUCCGGUGCACUGGUUCAAGGAUGGCUUGGAGGUGGACGAGACUGACAACCUGCAGCUGCUGGUGGAGGGGGCCUGGCGCUGCCUCUUCAUCCCCAGGAGCAGUGCAGAGGAUGCAGGCGAGUACAUCUGCGAGAGCAAGGACGAGGCCGUCUCCUUCGAUGUCAAGGUGUCAGAGCCCCCGGUGAGGAUCCUGCAGCCCUGCAGACCUGUCCCUGUCAUGACGGUGUCCCCGGGGGAGACGGUGACCCUGUGCUGUGAGCUGUCCCGUGCGGAUACCCCCGUGUGCUGGGCAAAGGAGGGUGUCAGGCUCGAGGCUGGGGGUGGCCUGGUCCUGGAGGAGGAGGGUGUCCAUCGCCGGCUGCUCAUCCCCGCUGCCCAAGCUGAGCACUCUGGAAAAUACACCUGUGACACCGCCAAUGACACAGUGACUUUCACCAUCCAAGUGUUGGAUCCGCUGGUCAGGAUCCUGGAGAAGGAUGUCCUGCCUACCCACCGGCAUUGCCAGGCGAUGGAGGACCUGGUGCUGGAGGUGCAGCUCUCACACACCCACGGGGAGGUGAAGUGGUACAAGGAUGGGGAGAAGCUGCAGGACACGGGGCAUGUGCGGCUGGAGGAGGAUGGGGUGCGCCGAUCGCUCGUGAUCCUGGGUGCUACGGGCAAGGACACUGGGGAGUAUCUCUGUGACACUGGUGAUGACAGCAUCGUCUUCUUCAUCACUGUAGAAGCCCCAGAGCCACCGGUGACCAUUGUGGGCAGCACGGGUGCCGUGGCACAUCGCUGCCUGGUGGCUGGGGAAGACCUGGUGCUGGCUUGUGAGCUCUCUCGGCCCGACGCCGUGGUGCGCUGGCUCCGGAAUGGCCAGGAGGUGCACCCGGGUGAGCGGGUGCAGCUGGAGGCCCGCGGGGUGCUGCGGCAGCUCACCAUCACUGGGGCACAGCCCAGCGACGCGGGGUGCUACAUCUGUGACGCUGCCAGCGACCGCAUGGUGACAAACGUGGAGGUGUCGGCCCGGCCUGUGUGUAUUGUCAACAAGGAGGAGGCGCAGAGCCCGCUGGAGGUGCAGGAGGGGGACAGUGUGACGCUGGUGGCUCGGCUGUCCCUGGAGACAGCGGCAGUACAGUGGCAGAAGGAUGGACAGACGCUGUGCUCAGGUGGGCGGCUGCUGGUGUGCAGUGAGGGUCCCACGCGCAGCCUCACCAUCAAGCAAGCGGAGCUGGGUGACGGUGGCAUCUUCCUCUGCGAUGCCGGUGAUGAUGAGGUGCAUUUCACACUGCGUGUGAAAGAGGCACCCGUGCUCUUCGUGAACAAACGGGAGGAGCAGGAGAAGCUGCUGGUGCUGGAGGGCGGCAGUGCCGUGCUCUCUGCCGUCACCUCCACGGCGGAUGCCGGCGAGUACUGCUGCGAGUCCAACGACGACCAGACCCUGGCGACGCUGACGGUGCAGGUCCCCAGGGUGGUGGAGAUCAUCAUGGAACUGCAGAACCUGACAGUGCUGGAGGGCGAGGAUGCCACCUUCAAGUGUCUGGUAUCCCCCGAAGAUGUGGCUGUAAUAUGGCAGCUGAAUGGCCAGCCCGUGGUCCCCAGUGAGCGUCUGCUGGUGACAAGGAGCGGGCUGUGCCACAGCCUCACCCUCCGGCAGUGCCAGACAGGUGAUGCAGGCACUGUGACAGCCAAUGCCGAAGGGCUGGUGAGCACAGCUCGGCUGAGUGUGCAAGAGGCACAGGUGCUGUUUGUGCGGAAGCUGCAGGAUGUGGUGGCAGAGGAGCAGGGGGACGUGUGCCUGGAGGUGGAGGUGAGCCACGAGGCUGCCGAGGUGCAGUGGCUGAAGCAGGGCAUCCUCCUUCAGCCGGGCAGCAAGUACCAGCUGCAGGAGUCAGGGUGCCGGCGCACCCUCACCAUCUGCUGCCUUGGCCCUGCUGACCGCGGCACCUACCGCUGCGAGAGCCUGCACGACCGCACGCAGGCCAAGCUCCACGUGGAGCCCCGGAAGGUGUCGAUCCGGACACCGCUGACAGAUGUGGAGACCUUUGAGAAGGAGACAGCCACCUUUCACCUGGAACUGUCUCACCCUGGCGUGACCGGGGUGUGGACACGGGACGGCAUCCGGGUGAAGCCCAGCAGUACGUGCCGGAUCAGUGCCACAGGCUGCGGGCACAGCCUGACACUGGAGAGGCUCGCACUCGAAGACUCAGGCACCGUCACCUUCACUGCUGACACUCUGCGCUGCAGCGCCCACCUGCGGGUGCGGGAGCCUCCAGUCACCAUGGUGAGGGUCCCACGAGACCUGGGGGUCCCAGAGACGGGGGUUGCCAGCUUUGAGUGUGAGCUGUCUCGCCCCAAUGCAGAGGUGAAAUGGUUCAAGGACGGGCAGGAGCUGCGGCCAGGGCCCAACUGCCGCAUCUACUCGGCGGGACGGCGCCGCAUCCUGCAGCUGAGCCGCUGCGAGCUGAGCGACGCCGGCAGCUACACCUGCGAUGCCGGCGACUGCCAGGCCUCCGCCAUGCUGCACGUACAGGAGCGCCAGGUCCACAUUGUGCAGGAGCUACAGGAUGUCCAGGUCCGGGAAGGUGACAAUGCAGUCUUCACCUGCGAGGUGUCACACGGGGAUGUGAAGGGCGAGUGGUUUCGGGACGGGGAGAAGAUCAAGGUCUCCAGCACAGUGAAGAUACGGCAAGAAGGCACCCGGCAUUUCCUGCUGUUCUGUGGUGUGCGCCCUGAGGACCAGGGACUCAUCCGCUUCACAGCCAGGACAGUCACCUCGGAGGCCAGUCUGCAGGUGGAAGCACUGCCAAUCCGGAUUGUGAAGCCACUGCGGGACAAGACGGUGCUGGCGAGACACAAAGCGACGCUGGAGUGCACCGUGUCCCAUGCCCGGGGCCGUGUGCGCUGGCUCCGUGGGGACACCGAGAUCUUUGCUGGUGACAAGUAUGAGAUCUGCAACCUGGACUGUUACCGCACACUCAUCAUUCACCGCGUGGGCCCCGAGGACGAGGACUCAUACACCUGCGACGCCUUCGACGACCGCUCCACUGCCCGGCUCCUUGUGGAGGGUGAGUGGACACCUAAGGGACACCCACUGACAGCUGCCAGUGCUGCUGUGCCUUACAGUAAAGGGACACCAGAACCCGUGUCCCUGUUCCCCAUUGCUUGCGAGAGUCUGAGUGCUGGGCUGGAGGCAGCAGGUUGAUACAGGGCCAGGGUUCUGAUCCUCCUUGUCUGGCAUACAACUUUUGGGUGGCACAGCUGCUCUGGCAAUGCCCCAGCUCACUCUGACUCCCAUUGUUCCCACAGGGAGCUAGAAGCCAGGAUGCAGUUCUCAGGGCCUGUACGCAGACUGACAGAUGCCACUGCUGAGAGAUGGGGUCAUGCUCCCCCUGGCAUACACAGACACAUGGACACCAUCCCCGGCCUGCUUCAGCCUCAGGGCUCUGCAUUAAACAGCCUUUUUUUCUGACAUGGCUUCUUCCACACCAGCAAGCUGGGGUCUCAUUAAGAGAAAAGGUGGUGGCACCACUCUACAUCCUGCUCAGCACCCCUGGAAGCCCAGCCCUCUGAGCCCCCCUCACCCCUGCUCCCCCCUCCCCACAGUCCUUGGCUUUGCACGCCAGACUCCGAAAGGCUCUUUACUGUGUGGCCGAGGCCUCAACAGCGUUUGGCACAUUUACAAAAGAGACUGAAAAGGGGGAUGGCAGCACAAUGCUGCGGGAAGGGGGUGCCUGGCAGAAACAUGCAGUUCCUGGGGCAGCGGGGCCAGCUGGGCUGGGCUGGGCUGGAGGGGCUCCCAAAGCCAAGGGCUCCCCGGUCCAGUCUCACCACCAUCCUGCCUGCCUGGCCAUGGGGAAAUCCUGGCUCACUCCGUAAUAAGUUAAUACAAAUCACAGCAAGAGAAA